AGAGGAUUGUUCACAUUUGAAUAGAACCAGUGACAAUGAACCGGAGCAUGAACUCUGAUGCGCUUACUUUCACGCAUCUUGUUUCCUGCCCGCAUGUUUCCGUGGCAGCGGCAAAAUAGCUCGUCGUCGCACGGAGUGAGAAACGACAGCCAAAGGAAGAGCUCGUCCCGUUUUUUUUCUUCACAUCCAUAGAGAGAACACCGCAACAUAAAGCUAAGCCUUUGUAAAAGAAGACUCGUAUGUGCAGGAACUCAGAAGCGUGAGGAAGAGUACAUUUUAGCGAAUUAGCCUCUGCAAGGACAGACCUGACCCUCGCUUUUUUAAAUAUAUUUGUUUUAUAUUAACCUCGCAUCUAUUUCUUUUUGGUUUGAGAAAACUGCAGUUAAAGCAACUUGGCCGUUUUGUUACCGCCCACGUUUUGAAAGCAACAUCUGUUUGGCCGAUUUUCAAUCGAUUCUCAUGUAUUUCGCAGAGGGCAUAUCCUAGUUAGGUACGUUUUUUAACUGCUUUCCUUUACCCACGUCCUGUCCGUAAUUUUUAAAAAGGCUCGUUUUUGAACGCUGCUUGUGAGAAAUUCCCCAGUGAAAAUUCCAUUCGUUCCGAUGAGACAAGACAACUCACAGUGGUCAUCUGUUUUCAAGGCGAUCCACAUGCAUAGCCAAACUCUGCGUUUUUAUUAGCUAAAGCUUUGGCGGUCAUAACUUGUUAGACGGGCUACAUUGUAGAACAAGAAGAGCUAUAUCAAAUAAGAUGUUGCUCAAGGAGUACAGGAUAUGCAUGCCGCUGACUGUCGAGGAGUACAGGAUUGGUCAGCUGUAUAUGAUCAGCAAACACAGCCAUGAGCAGAGUGACCGCGGCGAAGGGGUGGAGGUGGUCCAGAAUGAACCGUUUGAUGACCCCGCCCACGGUCGGGGUCAGUUCACGGAGAAGCGUGUCUACCUCAACAGUAAAUUGCCCAGCUGGGCUCGAGCAGUGGUGCCCAACAUCUUCUACGUAACAGAGAAGGCCUGGAACUACUACCCCUACACCAUCACAGAGUACACGUGUUCUUUCUUGCCCAAGUUCUCCAUUCACAUAGAGACGAAAUACGAGGACAACAAAGGCAGCAAUGACAACAUCUUCUCAGACAGUGAAAAUAAAGACCAGGAAAGGGAAGUGUGUUUUGUGGAUAUCGCCUACGACGAGAUCCCUGAGAGAUACUAUAAAGAGUCUGAGGACCUGCGGUACUUCAAGUCAGAGAAGACGUCGAGGGGCAUGCUGCAGGAGGGCUGGAGGGACACCCAGGAGCCCAUCAUGUGCUCCUACAAGCUGGUCACCGUCAAGUUUGAGGUGUGGGGCCUGCAGACACGCGUGGAGCAGUUUGUACACAAGGUGGUGCGUGAUGUGCUGCUCCUGGGCCACAGGCAGGCUUUUGCCUGGGUGGAUGAGUGGAUCGACAUGACGAUGGAUGAGGUGAGAGAGUAUGAGCGCACCAUUCAGGAAGCCACCAACGAGAAGAUCGGGAUUUCCCCCCCGUCGAUCUCCAUCAGCGAGAUGCCCCUGUCCUCCUGCACCCUCUCCGGCCCCGCCAGCGCCCCCACCACCCCCCUCUGCACUGACGCGCCCGAGUUCCUCUCCGUCCCCAAAGACAGAGCCCGCAAGAAGUCCGCCCCUGAGACCCUCACCCUGCCCGACACCGCUGCCCAGAACCAGAGCGGAGUCCCCCAAGGCUCUACGCUGGUGCCGCUUCCAAAUCACUCCCCCUGGCCCUCCUCUGACUCUAACCAGGCUGAGUUAGGGGGGGAAUAGGAGGGACGGGAUGUUCUUUUCCCCCAUAUGCCCCGCCACCUCAUUGUCUUAGUAGCCCAGCAAGACUAGCCUCUACACCCCAGUGCCCAGUCCUCCAGGCCCAACUAACCAUAUUGCAGAGGUCAGUGCUUCUUACACAUAUCUCCAGAGGUCAAAGGUCUAACCACCAGUUUCCAAUCUCCUACAUCCUCAACAGAAGUCUGUUUUGUCAGCCUUCAAAUGGAUGGCUUCCUGAGAUCUAGCCAAUCAGCUGUCUGAUCUACUGUAACAACCACCCAAGCUGUCCAUCAAGAGAACAUAUCCACAAGGGGUUUUGUGUGCUGUUCUCAAUUAGCGAUCCCUGCGUUUGUCAUAAAAUAUGUUAACAAAAUGCCAGAUGGAUUUUUUUUUUAAUCCGGUCAGCUGAUAAACCUUAUGUAAUGUAAAUGUAGCUGCCAUAACAACAUGAAGAGAGACGAUGAUAUUAUUGUUUUGUUCACUUGAGUGAAUGAACAUCUUUUCAUAGAAUUCUCAAAUAUCAAAUUAUAAUUUUGACCUUGAAAUAAAUCAACUUUUAAAUUAACAAAAUGGAAGUAGAAGUACUGUAGUAUAGUUAGUUUUAUUACUACAAUGAUUCACUAAAAAGACACCACCUUUAACCUGGACGGAGGGGAGGCCAUUCAAAACUGAACCCAGAUCUGUGUGUGUUCAUGUCUCUCCACUCCACCAGGUGGAAGGUCAGUACAACCACAGAAAGAGAUCCCGUCUCUGGUCUCCAGAGCUCUGCUUCGGCCCUCUUUAGGAAGGGCAGGGAACGUAACCAUUCUCUCCCUGCUUUAAAACACAAUUUUUAUACCUGCAUCUAUACUCACCUGUCUACUUAACUAACCUUUGGAAUGUUUACACAACAUGAGAUAAGCCAUGAUAAAAUACAUAUUGGGCAUAAAGUUUGACAUUAGAGAGUGAUGCAGUCAGUUUAAUCAAAUUGGUAUAGCAACAGAACAGAUAUGACUAGGGAAAAUGCUGUAAAUGUACAGUUGAAGUCAGUUUACAUACACCUUAGCCAAAUACAUUUAAACUCAGUUUUUCACAAUUCCUGACGUUUAAUCCUAGUAAACAUUCCACGUCUAAGGUCAGAUAGGAUCACCACU